CCUCAUUCCGUUUCGUCGAGUGUUAUCCGGACAGUUCGUUCGCCCGCGUUCAGCCGGUCUCAAUCGUUCACUGUUCAGUUCUCUUCAGUUGUUCACUCGCCGCCGCCGCGUUAACAGUCUCCGUGUUUCAUCGCACUAUGAACCAGCAGACCAACAACACAUAAACCUUCCAAGAUGAAGCCCCAUCGGUUAUAACGUUUCUCCAAACCCAUAAUUUUUAGAUCGAAUAUUUUAUUUUGUGAUAUUUAGCUAGUAUUCUUUGGUUAUUUAUAUCUAUCAUGGGUUCUUAUUUUCCAUAAUUUUUGUUUGUAACUUUUUCUUUUUAUUUAAUUUUAAAGUAUACUUAAUCAGUGCUCAAUCUCAUUCCAAAAGCCCAGUCUGUAAUUUAGUUCGUCGUAAAAGAAUUUAUUAAAAAUGACAUCGAAAACUCGUUUACAUUGGAAGGAAUAUGGAACAGCUCUAUGUGCAACGCUCAUCACUGCAACAGCUGGAACCUGCUACGGUUGGCCAUCACCAACAUUGUCGUACCUGAAAUCUAAAGACAGUCACAUACCAACGCUAGACGACGAGGGGUCAUGGAUAACGUCAAUCAUGAUCCUCUGUUCGGCACUAACGCCCAUUCCCUCCGCUUACUGCGCCGACCGAUUCGGAAGAAAAGCUACGCUGCUCCUCGGCGCUAUACCCUUCAUCAUCGGCUGGGUGCUGGUGAUCGUGGCCAAGAGUGUUGCGGUGCUGUACGUGUCCAGAAUGUUCUCCGGCCUCGGCUACGGGAUCGUCUACACGGUGGCCCCAAUGUACACGGGCGAGAUUGCCACGAACGAAGUCAGAGGAGGACUAUCAACUCUCAUUACGCUAAUGAAUAAGGUCGGCAUCCUCGCCCAAUACUGCAUCGGACCGUACGUGUCGAUGCAGACCCUGGCCGGCAUCAACUUGAUCCUGCCAAUCAGCUUCGUGCUCACGUUCAUCUUCCUGCCCGAAUCGCCCUACUUUUAUCUCAAAUUCGAACGCUCAGAACGAGCGGAGCGGGCCCUAAGAAAACUUCGCAGCGGAGACAUCAGGUUGGAGUUGAAAAACAUAGAAAUAAGCGUGCAGGAGGACAUGAAGAAUAAAGGAACGUGGGGCGACCUAAUCUCCGAGGCGACUAACAGAAAAGCCCUUUGGAUUAGUCUCGGCGUCUUCACGAUCCAGCAACUCUGCGGAAGCGCCGCAGUGGUGGCGUACGCGCAGGAGAUUUUCAAAGUCACGGAGAGCAAAAUCGAUCCGAGCCACGAAUCGAUGAUCUUGGGAAGCGUGCAAGUAGCGACCUGUUGCCUGUCAGUCGCUCUUGUGGACAAACUGGGCAGAAAGCCCCUGCUUCUGUUCUCGGCCGGUGGCGUUGGAUUGAUGAACGCCAUCAUGGGAACCUACUACUAUUUAUACUUCACCAACAAAGACCUCGUGACUUCCCUCCACUGGCUGCCUAUUACUUGCCUGCUCGUGUACAUCGUAUGCUACGCUAUCGGACUUUCGACGGUACCCUACGUGAUCAUUGGGGAAAUGUUCCCUACGAACGUCAAACUAUACGCCUCUUGCGUGGCGCACAUCUACACGGGAAUAUCCAUGUUUACUGUUCAAAAACUAUUCCAGGUCUUCAAGGACUUGUGGGGCAUUUACACAGUAUUCUGGGGAUUCUCGCUGUGCUCCUUCCUGGGACUCCUGUUCAUGCUGCUCGUGCUGCCGGAGACCAAGGGCAAGUCCUUCUCGUCCAUCCAAGCCCGCCUCAAGAGGGACGUCGCGAGGGACAGCGCCAGCAAACUUAAAACCGUCGAGUAUUAAGCCGUCUAGCUUAAGUUAGCUUAGGGAUCGAAUUGAAAUAAAACAUAAGGAUAUUAAAUAUUAAUAUAAUAGCUAAGUUACGUUAGUGACAGGAGGGUUACGACUGUGAG